AUGGCAGGGCAGCCACAGGAGGAGGCGGGCCAGCGCCAGGAGAGCCGGGGCAAGAGAGAGGAGCCCUCACCCGAGCAGAAGUCAGGUGCCGGGACCCGGAGCAGAGCCGAGCAGCAGGCUGGUGAGGAAGGGCCCGUGCGCCUGGAGCUGCAGAGGACUUGGCCAGGGAGCCUGGGAGAGAGGGGCUGCCUGCCCCCGGAGCCGGGCCCAGGGCAGAAGGGGCAGGCGAGGGAGAGCCUGGAGCUCCCAGCGGUGUUCGAGGCCGUGGCAGUGUAUUUCACGCGGGAGGAGUGGGAGCUGCUGGACGACGAAGGCAAGGAGCUUUACCGGGACCAGAUGCUGAGGAAUUACCAAGCCCUCGUUUCCCUGGGAUAUCGAGGUCCCACCCCUGAUUUAAUCUGCCGUCUCCAGCAAGGCCAGGGGGAGCUCUGGGGCUGUGCUGGGCAGGAGCCAGGGGAAAGCUCACAGCGGGAGGACCUGGCUGCAGGAGGUGCCUGGCUGCCUUCCCGAGGUGAGCAGCAGCCUCCUGAGGAAGGCUAUGCGUGCAGCUCAGGCCUGGUCAAGCACCAACCUGUGCAGAGGGAGAAGCAUCAGUACCGCUGUGUCCCAUGUGGUAAGACCUGCACCGAUUUCUCCUCCCUGGCUCAGCACCGACGCAUCCAUUUGGAGAGAGAGACGCACCGCUGCACCAAGUGCAGGAAAAGCUUUGCCAGCCAACAUGACCUGUCCCAGCACCAGUGUGUGCAGAGCGGGCAGCUGCAACACCAGUGCACCGAGUGUGGAAAGAGCUUCAAGCAGCCCUCCGACCUGGCCAGGCACAGUCACAUGCACGCAGGGGAGAAGCAUCAGUGCUGUGUGUGUGGGAAAGGAUUUACCCAGCAUGGGUCCCUGGCCCGGCACCAGCGCAUCCACACCGGGGAGAAGCCACAUGAGUGCUCCGAGUGUGGGAAGAGGUUCUCCCACUCUGGGUCCCUGACUC